AUGGCUUCUUCAACAUUAACUACGACGGCGUCGUCCACUGCGAGCCCAACGGGGAACCCUGGUGGCAAUGGAGGUUCUGGUCCUAGUUCGCCACUACUCUUUUUCGUCGCUCUCGGCUUUGGUGUCGUCUUUACAAACUUAUGGAUUAUCGUUGGUGUCAAAUACUGCUUCCGAUAUAACCAGCGCAAUAGACAGCGCAUGAAUGGCGAAGAUCCGGACGGAGUGGAUCUCGCAGCGAUGCCUCGACAACACCGCCGCAGGCGCGAGAAGAAGCUCAUGACCAUCGAGGAAGUCAACGAAAAAUUCCCUCUGACCAAAUACAAAACGUGGCGUUCGAAUCGUGCCGAUGAAGGCCUGCCCACUGCUGGAGGGAUUACUACUGCUUCUCGACCGGCUAGCAUACACAAUGCUCAACGAGAUUCCAAAGAGUCAAAGGAAAUGGAAGCCCAGGAAUUGGCACAUGCACAAACCAACACUUCGUCCGAGGAGAAAACGCCCGAGCAUGGCGAACCAGAGCUUGUAGAGGCUGAAAAGAGUGACACGGAAAACCGGCCAGUCACGCCGUCCCGGCCCAAAUCCAGUCCAUCCACGGUGACACCAGGUACUCCGGUACACAAAGUCACCAGUCACGAUGACGAGGACGAAGACGAAGAACGCAUCCAGACGGCCCUUCCGCCCGAGCAAUUACCUGAUCCCGGCGAUGCUUGUGCCAUUUGUAUUGACAACAUCGACGAUGACGACGAUAUACCGGAUUAUUACGUCCCCAAACCUCGACCCGAAGGUGCCGAAGUGCACCCAACAAACCUGCAGCCGCCUCCAACGGCAUUCUCAAUUAUCGGAAAUGGACGACCAGGCCGAAGACCGGCAAUGAUCAUACCGGGGCGAUUUAUGAGCAUCGUGUAUCAUGAUCGCGAUCGACAUGGAUUUCCACUCGUGGUGCGUGCGGAGCGGACAGAUCAGUCAAAUCGAGAACAAAGUCGGAGGCAACAAGGAGACAGAUUACCAAGCUCAAAUACAGCUGCGGGUCACGAAGGCGUCGAUACUCCGUCGUCACGGAGACCACGGUUUGGCUUCAGAAUACCAGGUCUAAGUCGACCAGCCCAGACACAAACGGCGGCUCCGGAAGCCCUGCCUACGCCUUCGCAGCUUGAAGCUGGAAGAUGA